AUGGCAACAAACGGAGACACCGGGGGCGAAGAGGGGUGUAUGCGGAGGUCUUCGAGCGCGGCGCUUUUAAAAACGCAUUUAGAAAAUUCAGGUACGUUGGAGAAAUCUGUUGAGGCACUAAAUGUGUCAAGGGUAAGUGCGCUGAGGGCUUCAAUUGAAAGGCACAGUGAUAUGAUAUCAAGGGCAUUGUUGACAAGUAAGGAUACGGCUAACAAUCGGGCAACGAUAGAGGCGGCGUUCCGGGCGUGUCGGGAAGCCUUUUUGGAGGUCUCCACGGUGCUCGUAAACAAGCUCGACGAAAAAAUUGCACACAGAAGGAUGGCGGGAGAGGACAUCAGGAAGGUAGUCGAGGAGACAUUGGCAUCCAGUGGCCGAGGACUGUGCGCGGGUUGCAAAGAGGCUAGAAACGGGGGGGAGGGAAGAGGGAGAGCAUCGUAUGCUUCGAUCGCCCGAUCCCCAGCACCAGAGAUACAAGUAUCAAGAGGUCCGACGAUAGAGUUGCCUAAAACCACAAGUUUUAUGAUCGUACCGGAGGAGGAAAGCAGGAGCAAGUACACGUCGUCACAGGAAGUCAAGGAAACACUAUGCAAAGUGCUAAAGCCUGCGGAGUGUGGGCUAAGAGUAAGCAGGCUGACGCUCGUCAGGGACGGAGGAGUAAGGGUCGAAGCACUAUCCCCAGACUUGGGAAAAAUCAAGGACAAUGAAGCGCUUGCCAAGGUGGGACUUAAGGUCCAAGAGAACAUAAAAUACAAUCCGAGACUAAUAGUGCACGGGGUGCCGGCAGAUAUGGCGGCGGAGGACAUUGUACGGGAACUAGUCGCCCAGAAUCUGGAAGGAUGGGAUGCUGAAACGGUAAAGAUGAUCUACCUUUUCAAGGCAAAACAAAACAAAUAUAAAACUAGUUGCGUCAUCGAGGUCAUACCGGAGGUGCGAAAGAUCCUUCUGGAGCGUGGGAGAAUAUUUCUGAGAUAUGCAGCCUGUGCCCUUGCGGAUCAUGUAAGGAUAGUGCAAUGCUUCAAAUGUCUCUCUUUUGGUCACUAUGCGGCAAAUUGUAGGGGUAAGCCUUCCUGUGGACACUGUACAGGGGAGCACGAAAUGAAGGACUGCAGGAGCAGAGGCACAAAACCAAGAUGUGCAAAUUGUGUGCGACAGGCGGGGUCAAGGGGAGACUCAGCACACUCGGCAAUAGAUGCGACAAAGUGUCCAAUACUAUUAAGGAAAAUUAGGGACAAGAUAGCGCUCAUUAACUAUGGCUGA